AAAAAGGGUUUUUUUACCUACUCUGCAAAAUAAAUCAAUCAAGUGCGAUCGAAAAUCUGAGUGGCAGUGCCAAGUGGACAGCGACGGCGUACAGAGCAACCCAUUCAUUCAUUCCUCGCCGUGACUCACCAAACCCAAACCCUAAUUUUCCCAAUUUUCUCUUCGUCUCACGGAAAUUCAACCCUAAAUUAAUUUCCCCUUUUUUUCAUCCCUCGUUUCACACACAAAAUUGUUCUCAAUUUUAUUUUCCUUAUUUUUAAUUUUUGAUUUUCGACACCCCCGUUAGAUCAGGUUUCAACAACACCAUGCUUCUUUUGCUUCAGCUUUAACGGUUCCUCAAACGAAUCGUUUGGUGUAUAAUUUUUUGGAAGGUACCUAUCUAUUAAAAGCAUGAGUAACAGUGACGUCGAUAAAACCUUAAAAGAAAAGGAGCCUAAGACGCCUCCAGCAGCUACAUCACAGGAGCAGUCUUCAACGACAACUGGCACUCCGGCAGUUAAUCCUGAAUGGGCUAACUAUCAGGCAUAUUCUCCUAUACCUCCACCUGGAUACAUGGCAUCAAGUCCCCAAGCCCACCCAUAUAUGUGGGGUGUCCAGCAUAUGAUGCCUCCCUAUGGCACCCCACCACAUCCUUAUGUCACAAUGUAUCCCCAUCAUGGUGGCAUAUAUGCUCAUCCAUCCAUGCCUCCGGGAUCUUAUCCUUUUAGUCCUUAUGCUAUGCCUUCUCCAAAUGGUAUGGUGGAUGCUUCAGGGAAUACUCCAGGCAGCAGUGAAGCAGACGGUAAGCCUCACGAGGUGAAGGAAAAAUUACCAAUCAAAAGAUCAAGAGGAAGUAUGGGUAGUAUGAAUAUGGUUACAGGAAGAAAUAAUGAACUUGGUAAAACACCAGGGGCAUCUGCCAAUGGAAUUCAUUCCAAAAGUGGUGGUGAGAGUGCAAGUGAAGGUACUAGUGAAGGAAGCAAUGAAAACUCCCAUAAUGACUCUCAAUUGAAAUCUGGGGAGAGGCAUGACUCUUAUGAAGAUCAUGAACCUUCUCAAAAUGGCAAUUCGGCACAUGCUCCUCAAAAUGGGGUACUUAAUACACCUCCUACAGUUAACCAAACUAUGUCUGUCGUGCCUAUGUCUGUUGCUGGUCCUCUCACAACUGUUCCUGCUCCCGCUACUAACUUAAAUAUAGGAAUGGAGUAUUGGGGAACACCAACUUCAUCCACCAUUCCUGCAAUGCAUGGAAAGGUACCUUCUACUGCAGUUGCUGGAGGGAUGGUUAAUGCUGGGCCACGAGAUGGUGUUCAUUCACAACUUUGGCUACAGGAUGAAAGGGAGCUUAAAAGACAAAGGCGAAAACAGUCUAAUAGGGAAUCUGCACGUAGAUCCAGGUUGCGAAAACAGGCUGAAUGUGAUGAACUAGCUCAGCGUGCUGAGGUUUUGAAUGAAGAAAAUGCCUCUCUCCGUGCUGAACUGAGCCGGAUCAAGAGUGAGUACGAGAAGGCACUUUCUGAGAAUGCAGUUCUCAAGGAGAGACUCGGGGAGAUACCAAGGAGCGAGGAUCUUGGGCCGGGCCAGAAUGAUCAGCAUGUGGGUGAAGUCACUCAACAGAAUGGUUAGACAGAGGCUGUGCAGGGUGUUCAUUAGGAUUUAGCUUCCUUCUUGAUGUUUGCUUUUCAGGAAGAUAACAUAACCAAAUAGCAACACUUAUUGUUUUUUAUAGCUUCUAGUUAAAAUUGUAUCAAGGUCGAUCGAUCAUAUGUAAGAUUAGGAUCGGUUUGUCCUAUAUGAUACCUCAUUCGCAAUUUAUCAUGCUUUUGACAGCUAAAACCAACCUGGAUUACAGGUAGGGUGUGAACACACUGGUUCACGCCUUAUCUCUGCUGCUUCAAAUGUUAGUGUUGGCACUAAGAAAUAUGGUUAAAUGGACCUGAGCAUUGUCCAUUGUAUGGAUUGUCGUGCUUUCUGGGCAAACAAUUCGUCUGAGAAAAAUAUACUAAUGACUUGCGAACUUAAA